UCGGGCGCCGGGGCUGCUGCUGCUGCUGCGGCGGUGGAGGAGGCUGCCCGGGGGUGCGGGGAGCAGCCGCAGCGGGAAGGCGGGGCUGCAGUGGCUCCCGGGGCGGCUUGGCCUCUGCCCAGCAUGGUCCGCAGGCCUCGGUGAAGCAGGAGGGGGCUCGCCAGGACCCCGCCACCGCCGCGAGAUGGGAAAAUAAAUCUCGCUUUAAGAAAUGCAACAUCACAUCCAAGAGGAUAACAGCCCCUUCAUGCUGAUAUAUUAAGGGCUGCAAGCAAAGAUACUCCUCUGUGCUCUGAUGCUACACCAAGACAGUGCUGUAUUCAGACCGUGAAAAGGGGCACCGUCUCCAUAACAAUAUGUCAACGAAAGAACACAGCCCCCGCCAUGGUGCAAAAUCCCGCAGUGUACAGCGAGCCUCUACGAUUGAUGUCACCUCUGACAUGCUUGCUUUGUCUUUGGCAGGAAAUAUCCAAGAUCCAGAUGAGCCAAUCUUAGAAUUUAGUUUAGCUUGCAGUGAGCUGCUUACUCCGUCGCUAGAUAGAAAGCCAAAUAGCUUUGUAGCAGUGAGUGUAACCACACCUCCUCAGGCAUUCUGGACAAAACAUGCUCAGACAGAAAUUAUUGAGGGAACAAGCAAUCCUAUCUUUCUAAGCAGUAUUGCCUUUUUUCAAGACUCUCUUAUUAACCAGAUGACACAAAUAAAACUUUCUGUAUAUGAUGUUAAAGAUAGAUCUCAGGGAACUAUGUAUUUAUUGGGUUCUGUGAUGUUCACUGUAAAGGAGCUACUUCAGGAGAGGAACCAUCGGUUGCACUUAACGCUAAGAUCCGCUGAAAGUGAUCGGGUAGGCAAUGUUACAGUGAUAGGAUGGCAGAUGGAAGAAAAAACAGACCAAAGGCCUCCAGUGACCAGGUCACCUGAUACCAUCAAUGGAAGGACUGUACUUCCCGUUGAUGAAAGUUUAACAGAAUCUUUAGGAAUAAGAUCCAAAUAUGCUUCAUUACGGAAAGAUGCACUGUUGAAAUCUGUGUUUGGAGGGGCCAUUUGUCGGAUGUAUCGUUUCCCUACCACUGAUGGGAACCAUCUGAGGAUCUUGGAGCAAAUGGCAGAGAGUGUGUUGUCUCUACAUAUUCCCAGACAGUUUGUGAAGCUGCUGCUUGAGGAAGAUGCUGCAAGGGUUUGUGAGCUGGAAGAGUUGGGAGAGCUGUCUCCUUGUUGGGAAAGUCUUCGUCGACAAAUAGUCACGCAGUAUCAAACUAUUAUUCUAACUUAUCAGGAAAACCUCACAAAUCUGCAUCAGUACAAAGGUCCAUCAUUCAAAGCAAGCAGCCUGAAAGCUGACAAGAAGCUAGAAUUUGUGCCCACUAAUUUACAUAUACAGCGAAUGAGAGUCCAGGAUGAUGCAGGAUCAGAUCAGAAUUAUGAUAUUGUAACUAUCGGCGCUUCAGCAGCUCACUGUCAAGGCUUUAAAUCUGGAGGUCUGCGGAAAAAGUUACAUAAAUUUGAAGAUGCAAAGAAACACACAUCAUCCAGUUCCCAGUCAAUAGUAUACAUACCACAGGAUAUUAUUCGAGCGAAGGAGAUUAUUGCACAAAUCAACACCCUGAAAACUCAAGUUAGUUACUAUGCAGAAAGACUCUCCAGAGCGGCUAAGGACAGAUCAGCCAAUGGACUUGAAAGAACACUUGCCAUUCUGGCAGAUAAGACACGGCAGCUUGUCACUGUCUGUGAUUGCAAACUCUUGGCGAAUUCAAUCCAUGCACUGAAUGCAGCAAGACCAGAUUAUAUAGCUUCAAAGGCCUCUCCAUCCUCUACAGAGGAAGAACAAGUGGUGCUAAGGAAUGACCAAGAUACUCUGGUAGCCAGAUGGACAGGAAGAAAUAGCCGAUCUUCUCUGCAGGUGGACUGGCAUGAAGAAGAGUGGGAAAAGGUUUGGGUGAAUGUUGACAAAAGUCUUGAGUGCAUUAUCCAGAGGGUGGACAAACUUCUCCAGAAAGAGCGUUUGCAUAGUGAUAGCAGUGAAGAUGUUUUCCAGUGUGAUGUCAGCUGUUCUAGCAAGAAAGGUAAACAGGAUACUCGAGCAUACUGGAUAAAGCCAAAAGCCUUAAAUGAGACCUCAUCUUCAUCAUUCCCACCAUCAUCAUCACCCCCACCAUCAUCUUCAUCCAUAUCAUCCUCUGCAUGCCAUUGCCCCAGAAUCACAAAUUGCAGUCCCACUCCUGAAGAGUCCAGUCCAGGCGAAUGGAGUGAGGCUCUUUACCCACUGCUGACGACUCUCACAGACUGUGUGGCCAUGAUGAGUGAUAAGGCAAAGAAAGCAAUGGUCUUUCUCUUGAUGCAAGACAGUGCACCUACAAUAGCUCUUUGCUUGAGCCUUCAGUAUCGUCGGGAUGUUGUUUUUUGCCAAACCCUAACUGCCCUUAUUUGUGGCUUCAUCAUCAAGCUGAGGAACUGCCUGCAUGACGAUGGAUUCCUGAGGCAGCUCUACACUAUUGGCCUGCUGGCACAGUUUGAAAGCCUUUUGAGCACUUACGGCGAAGAGCUGGCAAUGUUAGAAGACAUGAGUGUGGGGAUAAUGGACUUACGGAAUGUAACAUUUAAAGUAACUCAGGCCACAUCAAAUGCGUCUGCUGACAUGCUGCCCGUCAUUACAGGAAAUCGUGAUGGGUUUAAUGUGAGAAUUCCGUUGCCGAGUACCUUAUUUGAUGUGCUUCCUCGUGAGAUUCAGAGUGGCAUGUUACUGAGAGUUCAGCCUGUGCUCUUCAACGUGGGGAUCAAUGAACAACAAACCUUAGCAGAGAAGUUUGGGGACACCUCAUUACAAGAAGUGAUUAACAUGGAAAGUUUAGUGCGGUUGAAUUCUUACUUUGAGCAGUUCAAAGAAGUUUUGCCUGAAGAUUGUCUACCUCGAUCUCGUAGUCAAACGUGCCUGCCUGAACUGCUACGGUUUCUGGGACAGAAUGUACAUGCAAGGAAAAACAAGAAUGUUGAUAUUCUUUGGCAAGCUGCAGAGAUUUGCCGUAGACUUAAUGGUGUUCGGUUUACAAGCUGUAAAAGUGCCAAGGACAGGACUGCCAUGUCGGUGACUCUGGAGCAGUGUUUAAUAUUGCAGCAUGAGCAUGGAAUGGCUCCUCAGGUCUUCACACAGGCCCUGGAAUGCAUGCGGAGUGAGGGUUGUCGACGAGAAAAUACAAUGAAGAAUGUUGGAUGUCGCAAGUAUGCAUUUAAUUCCCUGCAACUGAAGGCUUUCCCCAAGCAUUACAGGCCUCCUGAAGGAACUUAUGGAAAAGUUGAAUCAUAAGAUUACGAUGUCUUGUAAUCAGUCGUUCCGUUAAAACAUGUGGAUACACUCAAUUUUAGUAUAUGAACUUUGACAAUAAAGUCAAAAACAAUUUUUGUACGUUUCAAUAGGUAACACUGAGCAUGUAAUUUUAUUAAAUUGGAUUCCAUAGGAAUAAUUAAUCUCUUAUCCCUUAUAACAUGAAAAUAUUGUGAUCUGUCUGCUCAUAUCCAUCAGUUUAUGUAAGAUGCCUGCAUAUACUAUGUCACUGAUUUCUUACCUAUCUGCCUAAAGAAGGGAGCUAACUCCUAGACUGUCAAGGAUUUUAUGAAUGAUAUUUAGGCAGCUGUUUCACACAUCUUUUUAUACUAUUUUGAUUUGAGAUUAAGACUUUCAUAGUACUUUUUAAAACCUCAGAGUUGUAAAUAGUAAACUAAAAGGACACAAGGCAGUUUGAUAAGAGGUGCUGUAACACAGAAGAAGCAAAAGCUCCACUUUUAAGACAGGCAGCACAAUAAACUUAAAGCCAGGAGCUUAACAUGUUUUACUGUAUGUAGUAGAACACUAUUAAGUUUGUAAUAUACAAGACCAGGAACUGACACAAGACCCACUUGGUUCAAAAACUGCAUUGAGCUUAUGCUGCCUUCAAUUGACUUGAGAAAUGUUUACAUUUUUCAUUAACAAUGGGUUCUUCUGACCAACUUUUCAGCUAGUUAAGAGGGAAGACCCUUUUGACUGCAGAAGGACUAUGCUGAUAAUUACAGGAUCCAGAUGGAAAAUAUGUAGGACAGGAUUGCAAUGUGGAAGGGAAUCACGAUCCCUUUUGUACCAGUGGUAAAACUGGCAAGAUCCAACCUAGGCACAAUCAGGAGAUAGUUGCAUGCAACAAAGCACUGCGUGUGACUUGUCUUCAUGGGUAGUAAUUGUGAGCAGUAGACUCCAAUGGCAAAUAAGAUACGCAUUCUUAACUGCAUUGCAGACCAAGUAGGAAAGUGCAAACUUAUCUGCCCUGUAAAGUACCAGUGGGAAUUAAUUGGGCUUGGUCACUUACAUAUUUGCAUUACUUGCGGAUUCAGUAAUUGGUAGUUUGCAGGCUUUUCUGUAUGCAUUAGGCAGGUUACUGCACACAACAAUGUUCUUCUCCCCAAUGUUCUUCUGCUGUACCUUAUUCAGGUUUACUUGCACAGUUUAGCUGUUUCAGGCAAGUAAACCUCCUAUCAAGUACCUAAAAUGCUUGCUUGUUAGACAGUGUGAUCCUGUUUGGCAUUAAGGACAUCUAAACCAUUGAAAUCAAGGGACUUAGGUGUGUAUAUACAUCUGCACAGGGGUUGGGUUGUAAGUUUCUCAUCUUUUCCUAUUAAUUUAAAUUUAGAUAACAUUAUUUUAAAAUAUAAAGGACUUCAUACUUCUGGAGCAUUAUGUUCUACACAAAAACAAAACUUUUCCAUGAUUUUUUCUCCCUAAUUGCUGACCGCAUUUUAAAUAUUGGCCUAACCCAGUGCUUUUUUUUCGUCAAUACCCACCACUACUUCAGAGCAGUGGUUGUUUUUUUCAUUUAUUUUAUUUACGCUAUCAGGAUGGUGAACAAGAGAAACUGGGUUUUCUUUAAUUUGUUGACUGACAGUACCAAUUUGUUUUGAUACUUAGACAACUGUUAAGUGUUAAAUCCUAUUUGUCCAAAUUUCUUCUAAGACUCAAUUCACACAUUUGCUUUUGAGGUUAAUAUAUCUAUGCGUGAUUUUACUGCAUUAUCUUUACAUGGGAGAGGUUUGAGUGAAAAGCUCCAUGAGACAAAUCAUUUACCACUUAUGGGUAACUUUAGGGAGAGAGAUGAAUUUACCCCCCUGCAGUUUGCUCCAACACAAAAACAAAUUGUGUGAAUGAUGCACAAGAUAGUAAAAUGGUGCAAUGUGCUCCACUGCUGACCAUUGAUACACAUUUAGCAGUUCUUCCAGUAAAUAGUGUAUAUUCCAAAGCAUAAUGGUUUCUGAACCAUAUCAUGCUUCAGUUUAAUCAAAAAUAUGAUAUCCAAAAGAUUUUCCUUUUCACUUUAAGGCUGCAUCCCAAAACGAACUUUUCCAUUUUUAAAUUCUUCUGAAAAUAGUGGGGUUUACUUAUACAAGUACACUUAUUUAGAAUCAUGGGCUUUGUAAUGGAAAUGUGGUUCACUUUCCCUCAAGAAAACAACUUCUUCUACAUAUGGUAUUUUCUAAGUGUGGUUUACUCUUCUCUGCGGUUUUUGUUUGCACUUUAAUUUCUUGCAGGUGGUGUUUAUUUAUUCUAUGCUGGUAGUAACUGCUUUUUACCAUUUGCUGUUAGCAGCUCAGUGUUUUAGCUUUGCUCUAGAUAUGCUAAUCAUGAUUUUGAUGAAUAUGGGUUUUUUCUACUUCAGUCUUUCUUGCCAUUACAAAGUUAUGACCCCAUGUAGCAUGUAUAACCUCAGAUCUCUACACUAUGUCAAGAGUUGUGCAGUAUGUUAAAAUCAUACAAUUGAGGCAAGUUUUACUGAUCUAGUAGCCAAAUUAUCUUCAAUCAAAAUUGAACUUGUAUUUUUUAUUCUGUUCUCCAUCCUCUUAUUUUGAUGUGUUUUAAUCCUGUAUUUAAAUACCUUCAGUUUUAAAUACUCUCAGAUGGAAGGCCUAUACAGUUAUUAGCAAACAUUUCAGUGAUUCGAAAUGGUUUGAUUCUAAGACUUUGAGAUGAAAGAAGGGUUUAUGGGUGUACACAGAGACAAAUCCCAGUAUGACAUCUCUAGAUACAACAUACAUGUCCUGUUUUGGCCACAUCUUGCUGGCACAGCAGCUCUGCCCAUUGGUAAGGUGUGCCAAUUCAUUUAAAUAGAAAACAUAGCUCUGUACACACAAGAAAAUGCAUGGAGCACUACUCUUUUCAUUGAAGUAUAUGUGAAUCCCGUAUCACAGAGGGCUGUUUGUUUAACAGAGCACAAAUGUGCUCUUUUGUGGGGUAUACAUGAGCACUGUAAACUGUUCUAGCAAAGUCUUAGGCCAGAUGACCAACAUAAUUAUUUAGGAUCAUUUUAAUUAAGACCCCUUUAAAUUGCUAUUAGUCUUUAUUAAAUACUUGAAUUACACUACUAAAAUUGUUUGUUUUACAAAACUGCAUUCACAUUGGAUUUUUCUUAUAGAAGCAAAUACAACAUUGUAGUGCCGUUGAGAAUAAUUUGUAAGCUCUUCAAGUACAUUCUUUGCUCUCCCUUUUUAAAGUGGCAGAACACCAGCUGCACUGUUGCUUUAGGUAUGCAGAAGGGGUGAAAUAGUGCAAUCUCACUGUUUCUGGUUGCAAUAAAUAGAACAACCUUGUCCAUCUCAUGUUUUACAUAUAUAGUAUGCCAUGCACGUUAAUAGGAUCCCAUGAAGACCACAGUGAGCAGGGCUUGAUCAAAAAUGGAAAACUGUGAAAUCACAAAUCCAUGUAGGAAAUGUCAUACAAGUCUGAUUUUUUAAAAAUGUUUUGUUUUAUUUUUGCACAGAAAAAGCAUUCUUAAGAAUGACCGUGAUAUGAAGUUCUUUUUUGAGUACAUUUUUUAAAAAUGAAGCAUACUUAAGAAGAAAACUGCUGCCAAGUUAUGUUCUGUGUAUAUUCUGUGAAAGCACCCAGAGCACAGUUGCCUUUUGGGUUUCAUCUAUGUAUGUAGAGCUACUGUACAGCAGAUUUGUCCCAACACAGUUGUAUUUUCCAAGCUUUGUGCAUUUAAUUUUUUUUAAUUUAUUUGGUUGUUUGGGGGCAGUAUUAAUAUACCAUAAACAUACAGUUACUGUUUUAUAUAGUCUUAAUUCAUCCAAUCCAUAUAUGCUGUACAUGUGCUAGUCUUUAGGGAUUAAAAAAAAUAAAGAACUGACAAGAAUGCU